AACCUAAUGCCCACCCAACUCAUGUGUUGUUUACCUCUUUUACUCUUCUUUGGACGAGUACUAACUAUACUAGUCUUCUCUCCCGUCUUUAUUCUCUAUUCCUUACCUUUUUUGCCUGUUAACGCGGUGGAGAGCAGAGUUUGUGUACACAGCUUCGGAUCGAUCGGGUGUUGUAACUUGGAACUGGUUAUGGGGAGUGAAGUCUGACUGUGCAAAUCCUCAUGCAGAAUAAAUAAGCUAGACUGGAAGCUUUUGUGCUGCAGUAGCUUUAUUAGAGAAUGUUGGAGGCUCCAAAGUUUGCUGGACUUAUAGACUUAAAUGAGGACCAUGAUAAUUUUGGCCUCACCCAAAAUUUUUACCAUAAACUUGGUGAAGGAUCAAACAUGUCAAUCGAUAGUUACGGGAGCUUGCAGAUGAGCGAUGGUAGAGAUUCUGUUGCGACGUCAAUGGAUAACAGCAGUGUUGGAUCAAAUGGUUCCCACACUCGUAUCUUAAACCACCAGGGCCUCAAGUGUGUCCGCAAUAACUAUUCUUCUGUAUCUAGCGUAAACAGGGGGAGAGUUUCUCAAGGAUUGAGUGAUGAUUCGCUAGCUCAAGCUUUGAUGGAUCCUCGAUUUCCUACUGACGGGCUUGAGAAUUAUGAUGAGUGGACGAUUGAUUUGAGGAAGCUGAACAUGGGCCCAGCUUUUGCUCAAGGGGCUUUUGGGAAACUCUACAAGGGAACAUAUAAUGGUGAGGAUGUUGCUAUCAAGCUUCUAGAGAAGCCAGAAAAUGAUCUUGACAGAGCUCAUUUGAUGGAGCAGGCAUUUCAGCAGGAGCUCAUGAUGUUGGCAAGGUUGAAGCAUCAGAAUAUAGUGCGUUUUAUUGGUGCAUGUCGUAAACCUAUGGUUUGGUGUAUUGUGACUGAAUAUGCAAAAGGGGGAUCAGUACGUCAGUUUCUGGCAAGGCGACAAAAUCGAUCUGUGCCCUUGAAGUUAGCGGUGAAACAAGCUUUAGACGUGGCAAGAGGGAUGGAAUAUGUACAUGACCUGAAUCUGAUACACCGUGAUCUGAAAUCUGACAAUCUACUAAUUGCUGCGGAUAAGUCAAUCAAAAUUGCGGAUUUUGGGGUCGCUCGUAUUGAGGUGCAGACUGAAGGAAUGACACCAGAGACUGGAACAUACCGCUGGAUGGCUCCAACAAAUGGGGACUGCUCCCUUAUUAUUAACGAAGAUGCCGUAACAGUCUCUUUGGAGUAUUUCACCAAAAAGUAAGGGAAAUGAUCCAGCAUCGGCCUUACACCCACAAAGUUGAUGUUUAUAGUUUUGGCAUCGUUCUGUGGGAACUGUUAACAGGUAUGCUUCCGUUCCAGAAAAUGACCGCAGUGCAGGCAGCUUUUGCUGUAGUCAACAAAGGUGUUCGUCCAGCAAUCCCCAAUGAUUGUUUGCCUGUUCUAAGUGAGAUCAUGAACCGCUGCUGGGAUGCUAACCCUGAUAAUCGGCCACCAUUCUCUCAGGUGGUCAGAAUGCUUGAGGUCGCGGAAACAGAGAUCAUGACAACUGUCAGAAAGGCCCGUUUUAGGUGCUGCAUAAGUCAACCAAUGACUUCUGACUAAUGUGGGAAGAGGAAACUAGAACCAGUAAAAACAUUGGUAAUUAAAUUGGGAAGGCCAAAAAACAGCUGAUUUUAUAACCUCCUCUGUGCAUCUCUAUCAAACAUAAUUUCUCUGUUCAGAUAGCAAAGGGAGUAAGUUAAAAGGGUUAUUGUUACUUUGUUGUAUCUUUUUUUUUUGGGGGGGGGGGGGGGGGGGGGGGGCUGGGGUUCUUUGGAUUGAAGAUGCUGAUUAGUAGUAAAUAGUAAUAGAGAGGGUUGAUGUGUAUUUAUACCUGUCCUUUUAUGGAAUUGUUACAAGUUUGAGCUAUAAUGUCCAGAAGACCUUUCUGAUUCA